CGCUCUGUGUUCGGUUGCUCAGGUCCGAUCCCUGUGACAUAAACUCCAAAACAUUUGUGUCGCGCAGCUGAGAGUGGGUGAGAUCAGCAGCGCAGAGGGAAGGAAGCUGGAGAUGAAGCGGAGCUCGUUUCCCGGUUAGAGUCGGGGCUCCGCCGCCCUGCCGAGCGCACCGACACGUCAUGCCCGGGACUGCGUGCGGUUUCUCUGAGCGCUGAUGUGCGUGAGCUUUGUGUGUUUGCGGAGUUUGACAUGCGGGAGACGGUGGUGCUGUUAUUAUUAUCAGGCGCGAGCUCUCCUCUCCAGUUGUGCAGGACAAGAUGGCAGCAGUGCACACUGAUGUACACGCUAUGAGUUAUAAUAUGAGUGUAUAAAAUGUCCGGAGAAACAUUGGAGCUAACCAACUGUUACUCUACGUGAAGGUAUGGCCUCACAAGUCUUGGUCUACCCACCACAUGUUUAUCAAACUCAGACAAGUGCCUUUUGCAGUGUGAAGAAACUCAAAGUCGAACCCAACAACUGUGUUUACCAUGAGAGGGCCUUCCCACUGACUUUUUUGAAUGGUAGAACCCUUGGCAUUGGACAGCCAACGAAAUUUGCACCGACGUACAAGACACGGGACUUUGCAGGGGGCAGACACCGUGGGGACUUCCCAGUGCAGACUGUCGCUGUACAAGGUGUACAACGACAACCAACCAGUGCAGCAGCACAUCACCAAGGAAGGGGUGUCCCGUUACAGGGCAAAGAGCCGAAGCAUCUGGAAAAAGGCAGGAGCAGCGGUGGAGCUACAGGGGCAUCUGGAGGGGUCCGGGGCGAGGAAAACGGAAGUAGUGUGGGAGGAGUUGCCGGUGGAGGGACCGACGAGGACAAGGAAGAAGACAACUGUAGUUCUAACUUGGCAGAUGGUUCCCAGCGAUGUGGUUUGAAACGUAAGAGCGAGGAGCUGGAGAACCAGGGAAACGCCAUGCAGAUAGUGGAGGACCUGUCAAUCUUGCCUGCGAUGUUGCAAACGAACGUGGGGAACCCGCCAGUUGGGGUCCCAGCAGCCGUAGCAGCGGGGCCAGUAAAACAAGGAGGUGGAAAUGGCAGCGGGGACGGCGACUACCAGCUGGUGCAACAUGAGGUGCUUUGUUCAAUGAAGAACACCUAUGAGGUGCUGGACUUCCUUGGCCGUGGUACCUUUGGUCAGGUGGUCAAAUGCUGGAAACGAGGCACCAGCGAGGUGGUGGCAGUAAAGAUCCUGAAAAAUCACCCGUCCUACGCGCGGCAGGGCCAGAUUGAGGUAGGCAUCUUGGCCCGUCUGAGUGGCGAGAACGCAGACGAGCAUAACCUGGUGCGGGCUUUCGAGUGCUUCCAGCACCGUAACCAUACCUGCCUUGUGUUCGAGAUGCUUGAGCAGAACCUAUACGAUUUCCUCAAGCAGAACAAAUUCAGCCCGCUGCCUCUAAAGGUGAUACGGCCCAUUCUUCAGCAGGUUGCUACCGCACUGAAGAAGUUGAAGGCCAUGGGUCUGAUCCAUGCCGAUCUGAAGCCUGAGAACAUUAUGCUUGUGGAUCCUGUCCGACAGCCGUACCGGGUGAAAGUCAUAGACUUUGGUUCCGCCAGCCAUGUCUCCAAAGCCGUUUGUUCUACGUACCUCCAGUCGCGGUACUACAGGGCUCCGGAGAUCAUCCUAGGCCUGCCGUUCUGUGAAGCCAUAGACAUGUGGUCAUUGGGCUGUGUGAUAGCGGAGCUGUUCCUGGGCUGGCCCUUGUACCCCGGGGCUCUGGAGUACGACCAGAUCCGCUACAUCUCCCAGACGCAGGGUUUACCUACAGAGAACCUGCUCAACCUGGGGACCAAGACCUCUCGCUUCUUCUGCAGAGAGUCCGACUCCCCGUACACUGCAUGGAGACUGAAGUCCACAGAGGAACACGAGGCAGAAACCGGGAUGAAAUCGAAAGAAGCCAGAAAGUAUAUUUUCAGCUGUUUGGAUGAUAUUGCGCAUGUGAAUUUAGUGAUGAAUCUGGAAGGGAGCGACCUGCUGGCUGAGAAGGUGGAUCGUGGAGAGUUUGUGCUGUUGCUGAAGAAGAUGUUGUGGAUCGACGCGGAGAAGAGAAUCGUCCCCGGUGAAGUCCUCAACCAUCCCUUCGUCACCAUGCAGCACCUGCUCGACUUUCCUCACAGCAAUCAUGUGAAGGCGUGUUUCCACAUCAUGGACGUGUGCAGGCCGCGCCCCGGGACCUACGACAGCGUCAACCGGAACAAAGCUUCAUUCACGAGACCGGCCACGACCUCGGCGCCAAACCUCACCAUCCCCUACAGCAAGAUGGCCACCGUGCACACGCAGCCUCUGGCUCCGUCUGCUCCCUCUGUCCUGCAUCCUGCGAUCCCGCUCCAAACAGGAAGUGGUCAGUUCGGGGACUCGUUUCAGCAAACGCUCAUCAUCUGCCCUCCGACCAUACAAGGUCUCCCUCCUAACCCCAACAAGCCGGCGGGUUUCUCGGUUCGAAUGGAGAGCACGGUUCCUCUGGUGACCCAGGCCCCCGCUAUCCAGCCUCUACAGAUCAGACCAGGUGUCAUCACACAGCAAGCCUGGUCCGGUCGGCCGCAGCAGAUCCUGGUCCCGGCCUGGCAGCAGGUGACCCCGGUGGCGUCCGAUUCUGUGGCAGGACCACAGAGGCUGGCAGACUGGGGAAAAGUCCGGCCUCACGGGAACCACUACAGCUCCAUCCUGCCCCACCCCCAACCUCUGUUAGCCAAUCACAUGACGGCCAUGUCGGCGCACCAGCCAAUCAGCAUCGGAAUCGCUCAUGUGGUGUGGCCGCAGCCGGCGUCCAACAAGAGAAACAAACCCUGCCUGAACAGGACUAACUUCUCACACAACAGCAACACACACAACUCGGCGUGCCAUUCCCCGAAGACCACCAACACUCGCAAACGCACCGAGGAAGUCGAGGGUCGUCAAGAUUGUGUGGUGGAGGCAGAGUCACAGGAGGAGGAGGAGGAGCCUGCGUGCUGUAAGGUGGAAGUGGAGGCGGAGUCUAACGGGAUGGGCGUGUCUGAGAAGCAGAGGCAGGCGGUGACGGCCGACACACAGAGUCCAGCAGGCAGCGUGAUCAGCAUCAGCAGUGAUGAAGAGGAUGAUGAAGAGGAGCCGGGAGCGCAGAGGCACUCAGUAGAGUGUAAAGGCAGUACGGAGUGCGAGGCGUGUCUGAGUACGCUGAAUAUGGAGCGUGCGUGUUCCCUCAGCAGUCCUGACUCCAGCCUCAGUACCAGCUCGUCCGCAUCAGUGCAGUCCAGCACCUCACCCUGCAAGAGACCCAACAGCAUGUCUGAGGACGAGCGAGAGAGUGGCUGUGAUACGGUAGACGGCUCUCCUGCCUCGGACUCCUCCGGUCGCGCGGACAGUCCGUUCCUGGAAAGCCGUUACAUCGCUGACGGGAAUCAGAACCGUAAAAGUCACGCGAACGCAGAGACGAAGAUGAGCAAAGCACCUGUACGGACCAUGGUGGUGCCUCCCAUGAGGGUGCAGAACAACAACAACGAACCGACGGCCGGGACGGGUCACGCGUCUUGGGGUUACGCAGCUAUAAUAGGUGAAAGUCGGCCGUACAGUCCUCGAGCCGUCGUGCCAGUCGAAAGGUCGCUUCGGUGCCGUCAGACAGAUGCAUCACUCAACCCCGCUCCUGAACCGACCGCAGAAACUCAUCCCUCCACCCCAGCAGUCACAACCACCACCACCACCACCACCUUUUGGGCAGCUCCAGCAUCCCACGUCAGAAUGGAACUGCAACUACAGCCACCGGCGCCCUCAGGCUUUCAUCCCCCCCAUGGUGCAUGGCCACGCGUUCACCCUCACACAUGGCAGCCCCACCCACUCUACGGCCCAUCCCCCUGCCCCGCCCCUGGGCAUCGUCCACCCACAUGCGCAGCCCGCUUUGCUGUCUUACCCGCCUUCGGCUCCUCUGGUACCGACUGGCCCCAUGUCGCACCUCCUGCCCUCGCCUGGUACUACACGGAGCCACGUGCUCCUUUCCCACCCGGCCAGGCACCUGGUCCACCAGGUGAGUGUGGGUAUCAGUGCCCGCCUCCUUCCCUCGCCCACGCUCCAUCCUCAGGGCCAGUUCAAACCUCUCUUCCCUUCACACUCGUACAUCGCCUCUCCCGCCUACGCAGGCUUCCCCCUCAGCCCCACCAAACUCAGCCAGUACUCCUACAUCUGACGCACGUUCGGUUCAGGCAGCCCGUCUACCCCCGUGUCCCAUCGGGGUAUCUUACGGGAACCACAAAUCAUCUGGUUUUCAUGCCCAAAGCCAUGGCACAAACAAGAACACAAGCUGUUUUUCUGAACCACAUCAACUCGGGUGCAGUUGUACUUUAAAUCGAGCUUUAAAAAAAAAAAAAGAUAUAUAUAUAUAUAUAUAUAUAUAUAUAUAUUUAACAGAAUGUUUUUGAAGGUAUAUCGCAAGUUGGUGAAGAACACAAAGAGGAAAAGCAAGUAUGGAUGAAAAAAAAAAAAACAAAGACAAUGUGUUUUUGCACAUUUUCUACAACUUCUUGUCAGAUUUUCAAACGAAGCACUCCUCCAAACAGGUGAAUAAAAAGGAGGUGCCGGGAGGGGGGGGUGGAGUGGAGGGGAGGGUAGGGGGUGGUACGAUUUAAAAAAAAAAAAAGAAAGAAAAAAGAAUGAUGUAAUCGCACACCUCCUCCUCCUCCUCUUCCUCUUCCUCGUCCCCUCUCAAAUCUAUUUUUCUAUAUUGCCUUCUAAGUCGUGCGAGACACAUCUCCGUUUGUAAAGCCACCCCAGUAUCCUGCUCACGAACCCCCGACCCGCACAUACCGUCCGCGUCGUGAUGUUCCGCCUUUUCAAAGUAUUUAUACUGGUGUGGUUUCGGUGUCGAGUCACUUAAUCGGAUUAGAAAACGUGGUCGUUCCCUCACGCUGCAUGUGUUCUUGCAUGAUCUGCAAACGUCGACGUCGGAUCGGAGAGAUGCCAAUAGAUGUCGCUCUUAACUGUUCCCGUCAUGACACUCGCUGCAUCGUUUCAACACGUCCUCAGCCAUAGUGCCUUAAAUAUUCUGAGGUUGUUCAUGUUACUACUUAUAUAUAAAAUAUAUCUAGAAACGAAUAAAUGUAUCGGACUGCAGCACUUGAAGUUCAGAUCGGUCCGUGCGUUGUGCGUGUGUAUACGCACAGGUGUAUGCUUUCAUACCUGAUUCUGGCAUGGAUGUGUCGCAUUGCACAAAAAAAAAACAAACAAAAAAAAAAAAAAAACAGUUUUCGAGUCUGAAACGUAGUCGGUUCUUUUUUUUUUCUUUUCCUUUUUUCUUUCCCCCCCGAGGACGGCAUGCUUUUGCUGUAGCGAAACGCUAGCGGUUUGCUUAGUUUUUUCUUUAUUACCUUCUUUGACGAAUGAACUAGUGUACAAAAAGCAAGCAUCGAAUACCGCUUAAUGUUUGAUAAUCGAUUUCUAUUAAGUGGAGGGGAAAAAAAAAAAAUCAGAUAAAAAUGACUAUUUACAGUGUUUGUACUGUUUAAUGAAACUGCAAUACAAUCGAAAUAGUCCUUGAUUCUCAGCCGUGCGCGCGCGCGUGUGUGUGCGUGCGCGUGUGUGUGUGUUUGUUUUUCGUUUUCGUUUUUUUUUUUCCCUCUCGUUUCGUUUUUGGAAUCGUUCGAGUUUUGUAUUCUCGACGUGUAGAACGUGGUGGGCAUGGCUUUGACUAGAUGACGAAAUGCAACUAGGUCUCCGAUUCAUGGUUUGGAUUCAUCUUCGCCUGACAGACCAUGCAGUAUUUGGAAUAUAAUCUAAUAUAUGUACGGUAUAUCUAAUAGAGCUAGUCUAUUUAGUGCUGAAGCUUGACGAGGUGUGACUUUUAUCUUGUGCAAUCUUCUCAUUUAUGCAUGUGUGAAACAGUUUAACGUGUUUUAUUUCUAUAUUAUGUACUUCGUUCAACGCUUACCGGUGUCGACUGCUUAUUUUAUACAUUCCGUCAGGGAGAUAAUAUGUAUGUAUGUAUGUAUGUAUGCUUUGUGCAGAUUUCUUGAUUUUUUUUUUUUGUUGUUGUUGUUGUUUUUCUGGUAAUCGUGCGUGUACUUUUUUUGUUUUGUUUUUUUUGGGGUCUUUUUUCUUUUUAAUAUAAAGUUGCUUGUGCAGCACCAAAGACUGUAAUUCGUUAUUAAUUCGUUCAUUUUCUAAGCAAGGUAGCUACUCUCCCUGCAUAGACCUCAUGUAUACUGUAGUAAUUAUAGUCCUGGGGUAAGUUUUAAGAAUAAACGGAAAUGUAUUUGAAAUACGGCUUAGGUUAGCGUUUUAGGUUUAGCUUUUCUGAGCAAGUAAUAAGACGUAUCAUCUAUCUUGAAUGUAUCCUAGAUAAGCUGCUAUAUUAUUAUUAUUAUUAUUAUUAUUAUUAUUGCCACUUCAGAUAGCUGUGAAAUUAGAUGAUUAUUUUUUUUUUCUUCGAUCAUAUCUGCGUUUGUAUUUGGGUUGAAUAGUUUUGCUUUAAUGUUUUGGAGUGUAAUCGUAACUACUGUAUUGCUGUUGAUGGAGAUUAGUUUGAGUUUGUUGAUGCUCUGUGGGUUGGUGGUGUUUCGCAUCAGUAUUUUAACUUUCAUUAACUGUUCUUUAUGUAACUUAAGUUGAGGUUUUUUUUUGUUUUGUUUGUUUGUUUGUUUUUUUUUUUCUUUUCUCUUCUGUUUACUUUUCCGUUAUACAUUGAUCACGGUGAUGGAUUGAAGAACGGAUAUUGUUUUAACGAUCACAGAUUCGGUGAAUUGGUUGUGUGAAUUGUUACGGUUAGCCGAAAUGUCAAGGAAAAUUAUUAAUUAUUAACCCCCCCUCCCCCCCCCCCCUUCCCCAAAAUUCCUUUUUUUUUUUUUUUUUUCGGGGUUCCAUCUCAUGCUAUUUUAUGCACUUGGGUAGAUCUCUGGGAUUUGUAAUGAAAAUCCAGUGUUUUAUUCAAUUUAUUAUGAUUUUUGAUUUUUUUUUUUUUUUUUUCUACAGCGUUAACACUUUCUAUAAAGCUGAUAUUGUUAAAGA